AUGGAUUUGUUUGUUAAUCAAUUUAAAGAUUCUUAUUAUGCUGAUGAUGUAGAGAAUUUAUUUAAUGAUGAAUUUGAUGCUUCCAAAGAAUUUUCUUUGCCAAUUUUAGAAUUACCAGCUUGUGAAAAUCCCGUCGAGUUUAUGAAAGCUCAUGAUUUUAAAUUCGAUCAUGGCACCACGACUCUUGCUUUCAAAUUCCAUGGCGGUGUGGUAGUUUGUGUCGACUCGCGUGCUUCUUCCGGAAGUUAUAUAGCAACUCACAGUGUGAAAAAAGUUAUUGAGAUUAAUCCUUAUCUUUUGGGAACAAUGGCUGGUGGUGCAGCUGAUUGUAUGUUCUGGGAGAGAGAACUUGCGGCAGCUUCCAAACUUUUAGCGAAUAUUGUUUAUAGAUAUAAAGGAUAUGGACUUUCGAUGGGAACUAUGGUUACUGGUUGGGAUAAAACAGUAAAUAGCGAUGGUUCAAGAUUAAAAGGUGAUUUGUUCUCAGUAGGAUCAGGUUCACUUUUCGCUUAUGGUGUUUUAGAUAAUGGAUUCGAUUACGACAUGUCAGUUCAAGAUGCUUUAGAAUUGGGCAGACGUUCGGUUUAUCAUGCUGCUCAUAGAGAUUCUGCAUCGGGUGGUACACUCAAUCUUUAUCAUGUUAAAGAAUCAGGUUGGGAUUUCAUAGGAGGUUAUGAUUUUGAUGAUUUACAUUGGGAAUAUCAAGAUCAACCUAAACCAAGAAUUACUGAAAAUGUACAACCCAUGCUUAACAUUCAAGCAUAA